AUGGUGUAUGCUCUAUUGCAAGAUGAAUUCUGGAGGAUUUUGGCUGAAGAACUACAGAAUUCCACUAAAGUUGUAAAAGCGGGGAAACCUAGGGCGAGGAAAUGCAGCAAGGCUGGUGAUUUCAAUGAUAUCACAAAUUGGCCAACACCAAGUGAAACAGCGAGCAAUGAAUGUAAGACCAUAAACCACAGUAAGAAGCCAGCAAACAGAAAAGAAAAGGAGGAGAAAUCAGAUAGAAAAAGCAGUAAUGAAAUCAAAGACAACCUGGAGGCAAAGCCAGAUGGUCCAGGAGACAGUAUUAGUGAAGACGAAGCUCAAACUAACAACCAAAGGAAAAAAGGUAACAAGCAGAAAUGGUUGCCACUUCAUUUGGAUGAUGUAAAGCCAGAUAGUCAAGAAAGACCAAGCUUUCGAACUAGCUCAAGAUCUCAGCUAGAAACAAACAAGUUAAUAAUAUCUCAUAACAACAGACGUAAUGAGAUGAGAAAUUGGCGUCGUGAUAGAGACAAGAGAGAUGAUCAUGAUGAAGUGUGCAGCGUGAGAAGUGAAGGUGGCAGUGUUAGAGGAUUCUCCAGAGGCAGAGGAAGAGGUCGAGGAAGAGGACGAGGACGAGGCAGAGGAAACCCUAGAAUAAACUUUGAAUAUACAGUUGGUUAUCAGGAACUAUAUGGUGAAGGAACUGACCAACCAUUUCAACCUGAGCUUAACACUAGUAUGAUGUAUUACUACGAUGAUGGAACAGGAGUGCAGAUGUAUUCUGUGGAUGAAGCACUUCUCAAAGAGUAUAUUAAACGUCAAAUUGAGUAUUAUUUCAGCACAGAAAAUUUGGAAAGAGACUUCUUUCUGAGGAGAAAGAUGGACCAACAAGGAUUUUUGCCCGUUUCAUUGAUUGCUGGCUUCCAUCGGGUGCAAGCUUUGACUACAAAUGCUCUGCUCAUUUUGGAGGCCCUACAGGACAGUACAGAAGUUGAAAUUGUGGAUCAGAAGAUAAGGAGAAGGGUUGAUCCAGAAAAGUGGCCAAUUCCAGGUCCUCCUCCACGUAAUCUGCCACGGACUGACUUUUCUCAGCUCAUCAAUUGUCCAGAAUUCAUACCUGGCCAAAUUUUUGGCUCACAUACUGAGUCUGCACCAAGUUCUCCAAGAAUGGGAAGCCUGUUGAAUCCAAAGGAAAACACCGACACAAGUAAUUUUCAGCCAAUGUCUAAAGGAUUGUCUACAAGUUUGCCUGAUUUGGACUCCGAACCUUGGAUAGAAGUGAAAAAGAGGCAUCGUCCAUCCACGCUCAAACCAAAGGAAUAUGUUCUUACACCUGAUCAAACAUCAAAUCAGCAACAGCCACCCCCACCUUUGGAAGAACAAGAACAAGAGGAGCUUGAUUUUUUGUUUGAUGAAGAGAUGGAACAAAUUCAAGGUCGUAAGAAUAAAUUUACUGAUUGGUCAGACAGCGAUUCAGAUUAUGAAAUUGAUGAUCAGGACAUAAACAAGAUUUUGAUUGUAACACAGACACCACCAUACAUGAGAAAACAUCCUGGUGGUGAUCGUACUGGCAACCAUGUAUCUCGUGCAAAGAUUACAUCAGAACUUGCUAAAGUUAUUAAUGAUGGUUUAUACUAUUAUGAACAAGAUUUGUGGAUGGAGCAGAGUGAAAAUGACGUUAUUAUGAAGCAAGAGAUUGAAAACUUUAAGAAACUAAAUCUCAUUAGUAAGGAGGAAUUUGAUAAUCUUGCACCUGAACCAAUUGCUGAUCUAACCCAUGAAGUUCCUUCAGUGCCCUCAAAGUUACAGAAAGAUUUAACAGAUGAGCAGGCUUGUAAAUUGGUUGAAGUACCUCCAACAGCACCGCUGGCUCGAUCGCUGCCAACAGCAGUUCCAGACUCUCCCCAUGUUCACCCCACAUUCACCCCACGGACGCCUCGCACCCCCAGGUUACAGGAUCCCAGCAAAACACCGAGGUUCUAUCCCGUUGUUAAAGAGGCAAGAGCCAUUGACGUAAAGACUCCGAGAAAAAGAAAAACACGACACAGUACAAACCCGCCAUUAGAAUGCCAUGUUGGUUGGGUGAUGGAUUCCAGAGACCACAGGCCAACAACUUCCUCUCUGAGCAGUUCCAAUGCUUCGCCUUCGGAAGUAGCUCCGUUAGCAGGAGGUUAUGAGUGUACCCCAAAUUCUCUUCCAAAGUUUCAGCAUCCUUCCCAUGAACUGUUAAAGGAAAAUGGCUUUACGCAACAGGUGUACCACAAAUAUCGUCGAAGAUGUCUAGUGGAGAGGAAACGGUUGGGAAUUGGCCAGUCCCAAGAAAUGAACACCCUUUUUCGUUUCUGGUCCUUUUUUCUCAGAGAUCACUUUAACAAGAAGAUGUAUGAAGAAUUCAGACAACUUGCUCUGGAUGAUGCAAAAGAACACUACAGGUAUGGAUUGGAAUGCUUGUUUAGAUUUUACAGCUAUGGCCUAGAGAAGAAAUUCAGGCAAGAAAUCUUCAAGGAUUUCCAAGAAGAAACAAAGAGGGACUAUGAAGCUGGUCAGCUAUAUGGACUGGAAAAAUUUUGGGCUUAUCUAAAAUACUCUCAAUACAAGACUCCAGCCAUUGAUCCCAAACUGCAAGAAUACCUUAAUAGAUUCAAGAAACUGGAGGACUUCAGAGUUGAUCCUCCUAUUAGUGAAGAAUGUGGCAGAAAGAGACCCUCUGCUGCAACAGGUGAGGAUGUGGGUCGUCGCAGACACCAGUCUAAUUCUUCUUCCAAAAUGCUUCUUGCAGCUAAACCCACGGCUGCCCAUCAGUCUCAGGCGCUGGGAAAUGUUACCUGUCGGAAUACCGUACAAGAGCCCAUUGCCGGCCUAGGCCAGAACAGCCUUGCCACAAAAUCAAUAGAAAGUGACGUACCAGAGAAAUAGAAUUAAGACAAGCUCGUGCCCUUGCAAAUCAACUUUUACAUCAUUAUUUUAAUGUGGAGAUCUUCAAGGGGCACCAAUCUAAUAUAUGAUUAAAAGUGUCUGGGAAGACAAAGGAUUGCAUUUUCUCUUUCACAAGACUAAGUUCCAAAACACUUUACACUAGGAGGGUUGUUCUUGGUUUCAUCAGAAAGAUCCUAGGGAAGAUUCUUUGGCUUCAGUAUUGCUUUCCUCAAGCUUCUGUUUACAAAAACUGCAUUCCUUACAUAUGCAAAAAAAAUACUUUGGGGAUGCCUUACAUUUCAGUUCAUGUUUCUUUAAAAAAAAA